CUCCCAUGUUCUUGCUAUAUGCUAUACGCAUUUGCUACGCUGCGUUCACAACGGCGCAGCCGUCCGUUUAGAACGCAACAAACACACAAAGCAACGAAACACGCGCUCGAAACACCGCAAAUAUCAAAAACACGAAUCAUUAAACAAAUUCACAAAACUUUCUUUCCUUUUCAGAUAAAAGUGAUAAUUUAGUGCUAUUCGAUUAAGUGAUUUCAAUAUAGAGCACAGUUGGGAUUACUUGUUGUUCGAACUGAGAAGCAAACUUGAGAAUGUCAAGUGAAUCGCCUACAAAUGCAAAAAUAUCAGGAUAUUUAGAAAAGAAAUGCAAAUUGCGGAUGGUUUCGCCAUGGAAGAAGUAUUGGUUUGUACUGGAAGGUCGUCUUCUACUGUAUUAUAGGUCUAAAGCUGAAUACGAAGCUAUUGGUCCUUGUAAAGGUUCGAUAACUUUAGGUCCUAGUUGCAACAUAAAACCUGCUCUGGUUACCUCCUGCAUCUUCCAAAUAGAAACACGCACAAAUACCAUAACUCUCAGAGCGGAGAGUCGCCUGGAACAGGAUAAGUGGAUGCACGGAAUCCUUACAGCACUCAACCAAAGUUCCGGUAAAGCCACGAAGAUGACCCAUUUCAGAUACUCAGCAGACGAUCUGCUGCCCUCGCCCACGGAGAAUAAUACGAAAUCGCUGUUAUCCCGUCACAACACGCUCCCCGAACGUUUUGAAAAGUUACCUCAGCAUCCGAACAAGAGCGUCAUUGAGAGGAUGCAGAAUCUGGGAGCUCAUUCCUAUGGUGGAAGUCUGAACGCGAUAUCCAAACUAUCGAUGAGCCCAAAGCUACCCAAAAAUGACAACCUGAAGAGGCUGUUGCAGUCUUCCAACGAUGAACUAGUCAUGUACGCUACUGUCAAUAAGACCAAAGAGAAGGAAGAUGAGAUAGCAGAAGUGGUAAUGGAAAACACCGAGUACGUAGGUUUAGAGCCUGGAGAAACUGACGAAUUCGUAGUUGAGAAUGCUGAGUACGUCACGUCGGGAGAUGAUGAAGACACAUCGAAAGUAACUAGAGAUCAUGUGUAUCAAGAAAUUCUUACCAAACGAGAGUUGAUACAAGAAAACAGCGAGGAUGUUAACGAUUACACCGGUAGUGGACCUCUCUACAGAGCCACCAAGAUUUACGAUAUACCUAUAUACUCUGAUAUAAGCUCAGAUCAAGCAAUAUACGAAGAAACCAUGCCGGCCUUGCCGCCCAGAGUACAGCACCUCGUGGCUGUACAAGCGGAAGAAACGUCCGGUGAAAAAAAUAAGAAACAAAAAUCAAAGAAGAUGUCUUUCAAAAGGAACAGCUUCGUGAUAAAGAUGCUGAAGAAAAUCAGAAAACAUGAUGUUGUUACUAAGGAGGAGAUCUCUGAACCGGUAAAAAAGCCCAAGGAGGAGGUAAACACCAAAGAUUUGCAAAUACUGAAUGAGUUACAAUCGCUACUGGAGACGAAAAAACAAUUUCUAGAGGAGAAAUUGAAGCACAGCCGAGCGGAGAAAGCAAAGUUCGAUGAGGAACUGAAAACUAGGAUCGAACGUAAGAACAUGGAACUUGAGUACUCGAAACCGAUCAACGGGGAGAAAGUUUUACCAACUUUGCCUCCAAAGCUGAAAUGUAGUAUAACUGAGCAACCUCUGACGUUGCUGAACAUACCAAGGCCGAAAUUGAAACGGAUCCGACAUAGCAACGAAAACAUCCCGGAUAAACUGAAGACCAUAGACGAGAUAUUGGAUGAAUUGGAUAACGAAAGGACUCAGCCGUCGGCUAAUGUCAAAGAGCUUAUAGAUAAAUUCAACGUUGGUAACAGUAACCACGAGGAAGUCGAGAUGAGGAAGAAGCCAAAGAGUCCUGUACAGAACUGCACGAGAUAUUCCGACGAUUUGAACAAGCUGCUAGCGGAACUAAGCAAAGUCACGAACGCGCCGAUACUCCAACCCGGCGUUACCACCAGUUUAGUCACAACCUCCUUAACAGAUGAAGAGUGGAUAAGUUUGAUUCCGAUCAGGAAACGAAGAUUAUCCGAGCCAGACUACGACAUUCCGAGACCGCACAGCAGUUUGCUAUUCAGAAACCAGGAGCCCGCAGAAGAUGCGAUGAAACCGACCAGAUUUUUCGGGCCUGUGAUAAUUGGACCUAAUAAUAUUGGCGAUGCUAGCGACAGGACUUUUAGCAUUGCUCCAGAUUCUUUAGAGGUCCAUGUGAGUAGGAAUGGUAAGGAGGAUGAACGCAGCGUGUUCUCGUACAACUCGCACACCUACAUGGAGAUCAAGACGCUGGAUCGAAAGCUGAGCAGAGAGGAAAUUUACGCUAGACCCACAUCUCUGACUGCUACGGAUUUCGAUUUGCAUGAGGACCAUUUCGAGGAUUCGCUGGAACCCAUCGAAUUCAUUCAUUCAGUCUAAAGCUUUGACGGAAACGUACCGAUUGAUGCCUUGGUAGUUAGUUAACAAUAUUUAUUUAACCAAAGAUGUGAGAUUGCAAUAUGUUUAAUAUUUACGCUAUUAUUAACAAAUUCAUUACCAAAAUUGUGAUGCUAUAUAAAUACAUCCUAUUUUAUUAUAUAGGCUUUAGAAGCCGACGAUCUGAUCACUAAUAAAUUGGGCAUUUAAGACUUUUAAGAUU